GGAUGCCGUUGCUCGGCCCCGCGAAUAUCUCUGCCUCUCUGCUUCUCUUUCCUCUGUUUCUGACUUUGUGUUUUCCUUCACUUUCUCAGCAACUAAAAAUUCUUGCUUUCCUUAAUCUCUUUCCUUCUUCUUCUUGUUCUUCUUCUCUUCCUUCUCCUCCUCUUUGUUCCCAUUCUGGUUCUUACGUACAGCCACAUAGGAGAGUUUGUGUGUUUUAAUCUUCCCUCUGAAACACAGUCACACACAGACAGGGCAGUACAACGAUAAAGAACUUGUGGGCUGCUCAGGAAACCUCUGUUUCUUAAUCUUAAUCUCAAAUAUGGCCUGUUUUAAGUCAUUUCAGAAAUUGAGGUCUUUUGCGGUUGAAACUUCCAGGGUAUUGUAGAUAUUGUUUUCAUUUACCUGGAAUUUAAACCCAGAAACAAAAUCUUGAAGAAAGAACAUGUCAUAUAUUCUAGCAAGAACGGGGAGACACCGACAACGUUAUGAGAACAAUGUUCGCCUUGUUUCUGGAUGUAUUCCUUACAGACUAAGAAAAGAAGACGAAGAAGAAAAGGAUGACUUAGAAAACAGGAUAGAAGUCGUCAUGGUUUCCUCACCAAAUCGAACUGAUCUUGUGUUUCCUAAGGGUGGAUGGGAAGAUGAUGAGACUGUGUACGAAGCUGCUUGCAGAGAAGCCAUAGAAGAAGCAGGAGUGAAAGGAAAUCUCAGAGAAGUUCCCCUUGGAGUUUGGCACUUCAAAAGCAAGAGUAGACAAGAUCCAUGCACCCUGGAAGGAGGCUGCAAAGGAUUCAUGUUUGCUCUAGAGGUGACCGAGGAGCUCGAGAGCUGGCCUGAACAGGCAAAUCGCAAUAGAAAAUGGCUAAACGUAAAAGAUGCAUUUGAAUUCUGUCGAUAUGAAUGGAUGAGAGAAGCGCUGGAAAUAUUUUUAGGAGUCAUAGCAGAGGACAAGAAACCUGAGAUGAAGGAAGAGAUAGUGGAAGUCUCCUCAGUGCCAGUGCCGGUGCCGGAAGUUGUUGCAGAGUGUGCAAUACUGUCAUCAAACUGCUGUGCAACGCCCGUGAAUGGCCAGCACAAUGGGGUAAUUUCAUUUCCCUGGCAAAUUCCUCUGAGGAAUUGCCACUGACAAAAGAUCUUCCACCUAUACCAAUCUGUGUAGGUUGUAGAUUCCAUUGCAUGAUUCCACAGUUUCCAGUAGGUUAAUUUAGUCAGAAUUCGAAGUGGAAUCUUCUUUUUUUUUUUUUCUGUAAUUUCUGUUGAUUGCAGACAUUUUUGCUAUUCCUCUACCAAGGAAGAAUUUGCAUGUUUAAUUUAGUCAUGAAAAAGUUUGCAGCAGAGU